AUGGAAUUAAAUGCAGAGAGCCCGAUAGUGAUUCCUCAUCCCCUUAAUGAAUUACCUGUAAAAGUGGACGUUCAAGUUAAAGUGAAUUAUGAUGGAACAGAAUAUAUAUUUCCCGGACUUGGGUCCGCUCAAAGAGACGAUGAUAUAGCAACAGACUUCGGAGGUGUUGGAUACAUAUAUAAUGACAUUGAUGUAAAAUUAUUUAUUCCCGUGGCUCAAAGCAAUGGCAAUGGACAAGGUGGAAGUCUCUACUCGGGGCCUUUUGUUGGAACGUUUACAGUGUGCGAGGUUCGAAUACGAGCAUGGAGAAUAUCUGACUGGCCUACUCCGAACUACUUUGUUGAAUCCACUAUUUCCACAUCUGCUCCCUAUAAGAAUGUUGCUCACAAUCUUGGAGUGUAUCCAGACUUUGUAACGGUUCAGCUUGUUCUCAGUACUGGAUACGUCUCUGAAGCACAGGGAACAACGCCAACAACCUUAAAUCAUGGCACUAAAUGGAUCAACACUUGUGGUACAAUAUUUGGGGUCACUGAUUGUACUAUAACACUGUGGGGUGCGAGCGAAAACGAUGAUUUCCUGGCAUGCUUUAAAGAUGGUUGGGGGAGUGAAGAUAUUUCUUAUACCUCAGCAGCUGUUCAUAUUCGAGCGUGGAUUCUUACGUCCUCAGAGACAAAAGAUAACACCAUUUCAAGUGGAAGAAUGUUUUACGGCGCUGGGUCUGCAAGUCAUGGAGAGGCAGGGGAAUCCUUUGGUGGGACCGUGUAUGGAUAUAACAAUUCUCAUGUACUCCUUUGGACACCUGCCUCCUCCUACGGAUACCCUAUUUAUGUAGGAGGUGUCUGGGGCUCAGGAGCAGAUCCUUUACAGUGUUCCUCUGUUGUCGUGUCAAUAAAAGUCAUUGCUACAGGGAACCUUAUCCUUGUUACAGUUGCCUGUACAUCCCCACCAAGUAUUGCAAAUGGAUACUAUGUUGUAAACAACGACUCUGCUGUUUAUAAUUGUAACAAGAUGAUGUGCCCGACCCCAAAAGAAAUUGCAAAUGCCAUACAAAUAUCAAACGGGACACAGAAAGGAAGUGUUGCAUUAUACUCCUGUAUCUCAGGUUAUUUUAGGAACGACAUAUCCUGUGGUGUUCCAGUAGAUAUCCCAAACACAGUUAAAUUGUCUGACGGGUUCUACAAUGGAAGCAUGACGGUAUACUCUUGUCUUCCUGGAUUCUCAUCUAAUAACGAAUACCCGAACACCACGUGUAACGGGACUCAUUGGUCAAGUGUGCAAUUUGCUUGUUCAGCAUCACCAGGUUGUGGCUUUCCACCAAAUAUUCCAGAUGCUUAUUAUGUAAUGGCGAACAAUACUGCUAUCUAUCACUGUCUACCAGACUAUAUAGCUAGCCAAUCAAAUAAUAUAAUCUACUGCAAUAACUCGGUUUGGGAGGAGCCCAGUCUCACGUGUCUACAAAAUAAGGUAUGUCCUAAUCCACCAGACAUCCCGAACACAAUAAAACUCUCUGAUGGGGUAGGGAAUGGAAGUUCAACGUUGUAUACAUGUCUUCCCGGAUUCACAUCCAAUAAUGCCUUCCCGAACAUAUCUUGUAUCGAGCCGGAAUGGACAUUGACUAAUUUUACGUGUACAUUGCCAAUAGUACAUGUGGUCUUCCACCCACAAUACCAAAUGCAUAUUAUACAACUGACAACAACACAGCAACGUAUCAUUGUUACCAUGGUUACUCUGGGAAUCAAACAAAUACCACCAUUAGAUGUUUGA